AGGAAGACAUCCACUUUUGUCCAUUUUGUCUGCCAACGAAACAACUCUGCUAACAUGUUUCCCGAAGCUUUGCGUGUCCGUUUAAGUAACAGAGAGUACACAAACUGGAUAAAAGCGGGACAGUGUCUGUGUUUCCUGGCUCAGGGUCUGCAGAGUUUCAUAGACUGUCAGAUGAGAGACUUCCACGCGCACCUACUCAAUCAAAACACACUACUACGGAGACCCUGCGAGAAAGACUGUACACCCAGAAGAAAUAAGCUUUUAGGAGCAUGUAGGUUUUGUUCAGAGUGGCAGAGGACUAUCCAUGGGCAUCACAGGCAGCCCCAAAACACAAUCAACUGGAAUAACUGUUUACCUGUGUCCUGGAGAACCGACCACUGGGAGGUGGCUAAGGCUUUCAUGCCCCGGGGUCAGGAAAAGGUUAGAGGAGCCGAUCAGUUCGAUGCCUCUGCUCUGCUCAACCUCAUCAGCUCAUGUGACUGGUUUCAUCUGGUAGAUCCUAAACCAGUGAGAGAGGUGAUCCGAUAUAGGAAUGAAUUAAUGCACUCGUCAGAUUUCCAUGUGAGUGAUUCUUGGAUAAAACACUACAAUUCAGCACUGAGGAACUUUAUACUACAGUUAAGAGAUGUAGCUCCCAUGGCCACAGCAGAAGAACAGAUAAACCAGAUGCUCCAAGCUGAUCUGUCUAUCCAUGUGCAUGGCUGGGACCAAACGGAUUUGGAUGAUAUAGUCAAAGAUUCUGUUCAUGAUGAGAUCAGUGUAGACUCGAUCAUCCAGUGGGAGGCUGAACUACUCCAACAGCGACUGCAGGAGCUGCUGGAAGAAACAGAUGACAGCAAUGCUUUGAGUGCAGAAGAGCUGAAGGACCUUGGAAGUUUCUUUGAGGCAAACAACGAUUUGGGUGCUCACUUCUCUUCACAACUACAAAACUUGAACUUGUUAAGGAAAAGUGAAUGAAAAACCUAUCAAAGAUGAUAACCGGUUUCUCAACAUUCCCUUGAGGUGCAAAGCUAACUGAAAGCACUACUCUGUUAGCAGCUCUAUUACUCAAAUUAGACUUUAAUCUGAGCUUUAUUUUAACACAAUCUAACCAUAACAAACUGACUUAGUUGGGACUACAGGUAACAGGUGAGCUGAUUUGCACUGUUAAACAAGGCUCUUUCAAAUAACAUUACAGUCACAAGCCAACAGUUUUUAUCAGUUAGUCACUCUCCCCUUUUUGUUGAAAAUCAAAUGCCUAAACAGGACCAAGAAUGCUGUAUUGAUCAGUCUCCUAAAAGUGUGCUAUUUAAAUCCAUUUUGUAUUUUUAUUAAGUUUCCACAUGUAUCUUAAAAGUUUUUGUCUGUAUUUGCUAAUGUGUGCAUUGUGUCACCCUGAGCAUUCCCCCAACACCCCCAGCGUGAUGUCACUGCAACGUGUCAAUAGAGCAUAGCAUCCAUUGCAUGGUACAGCCAAAAAUAAGUUAACAUUUGUUUUUGUUUUGUUUUUUUUUAAUGAAAAACUAAGACUAAGAAUAAAUGGAAUAAGAAAGGGACUGACAUGUUGAAUAUGUCUCUGCUAAACAUCUUAUAUCAUUAGUGUUUUCUUUCCUUUAUUUUAGUAUGAAAAGAAUACUGUUGGUUUAAUAUGCCCUGUGUCCCUUCAGCCUCAGUUGGACUUCUCUUUAUGAAAUGUUUUAGAGUCUGUUGAAUCUGUUUUUUAUUCAUCAUCUAUGCGAUUGUUUAUUUGUUUCAAUGCAUCCAGCAUUUUAUUAUAUAAAUGUAUUUAAAUAU